UGCUCUCCUUUUACUGCACGAAGACUCAGGAUCCAGCAACUGUGACCAUAUACUACUCGGAAACUUUCUUGUCAUGUUAAACCACUGGAAAAAUAAUGGCUAGGGAAAACCAAAGUGUAGUGACAGAAUUCAUCUUUCAAGGCCUUUCCUCCCAGCCAAGGACACAGACUGUUCUUUUCACAGUGUUCCUGGUUUUUUAUCUGUUCACAAUUUUUGGGAACAUCAUGAUCAUUACAGUGAUCAGAGCUGAUUGCCAGUUGCAGGCACCCAUGUACUUUUUCCUUGCCAACCUGUCCUUCUUAGAUAUCUGCUAUGUCUCCAGCAACAUCCCCCAGAUGCUGGUGAACCUCUUCACCAAGAAAAGGACCAUCUCCUUCUCUGGAUGUGCUGCUCAGAUGUAUUUCUCUCUGGCUUUUGGCAUGACAGAGUGUGUUCUGCUUGGGGUCAUGGCCUAUGAUCGAUACAUGGCAAUAUGUCACCCUUUGCUGUACACCACUGUCAUGAACAGGAAGGUUUGCAUUCACAUGGUCAUGGCUUCCUGGACCAGCAGCCUGCUGAGCUCCAUGGUCAUCAACAGCCUCACCUUGCGGCUGCCCUUCUGCGGGCCUGACAUCUUGAACCAUUACUUCUGCGAAGUGCCAGCAGUGCUGGCCUUGGCCUGUGCCGACACUGCCCUCAUGGAGUUGGUCAUCUUCAUCUUCAGCAUCCUCAUAGUCUUCAUCCCCUUUCUUCUGAUCAUCACCUCCUACGCCCAUAUCCUUUUCGCCAUCUUGAAGAUUCAGUCUGCACAUGUGCAAUCCAAGGCCUUCUCCACCUGUGGAUCCCACCUGACGGUGGUAACCAUAUUCUAUGGGACAGCCAUCUGCAUGUACAUGAAUCCUAAGUCAAGGCCUCCACAGGACAGGGACAAAGUGGUUGCAGUGUUUUACACCAUUGUAGCCCCAAUGCUGAACCCCCUCAUCUACAGCCUCAGGAACAAGGACAUGAAGCGUGCCCUGAGAAGGGCAAUGAAUAGACCCAAAUCCCUGUUUAUUUAA